UUCCAAACUGUGGAGUUCCCAAACACUUAUAUUGUUCUUGUUUACAAAUUUAAAUGAAUUAAUAUUUGUAUAUAUUAAUUAAUAAAAACUUUUUAUAUUUGAGGUUAUAAACAAAUGUUGUAACAUGAAGUAUCCAAAAAAUGGCUAUGGCCAAUUUAAAAGAAUUACCAAGUGCAUCAACAUACAUGUCAAAUGUGUCCACAGAUCAAACUCAACAAAUUGCAACUUCACAUAAUGUGACUUUGGAUACACUUCACAUUAAUUUUGAGUCACAGCAAACGACUUCAGAGGAACAAGGUCGUGGAUGUCGGACUAAACGUAAACAAACAAAUCCCAUAUUUUGUCCUGUGUGUAGUGUUACAAUACGACCUUCGGAAUUAGAGACACAUUACCUUGCAGAACUAUCCAAAUUGGAUAAAUUAUCCACAAAUAAACGAAAAUCAAGUUCAACCACAAUGAGUACAUCUCCAAAUUUAUCAACACCAAGUGAUUUAACAACCCAAUCAACUACAACGGAAACUCCAAACACAGAAAAUGUUCCCGAAUCAAUCGCUCCAGAGAAAUGUUGGGAAACGUAUCAAAGUGUAAAAGCAAAUCGACAAAGCCGCCUAAAAUUAAAAUCAAGGAAACGAAAACAUGAUGAAAUCGCUUGUCCGGUAUGUAAUGAUUUUAUAUCGGGUGAUUUGAAUCAACAUGUUGAGGAUUGUUUACGAAAAAGUGGGAAUGGAGAUCCAGAUGAAGAUGACGUUGAUGUAGAUGUCGACGAUACGGAUAUUGAUGUUGGUGGGGAUGAUUUUGGGGAAUACGAGUGGGCAGGACAACAUCGUGUACGAGCUUCAAGUAUGCUUGAAGGAGGCUAUAGUGCGUGUGGAAUAGGGAACGUUAGUCGGAAAAAUUCUGGAGAUGAUGAAGAUGGUGAAGAUUUAAUCGUCGAUGGAGAUGACGGUGAUAAAUACGGACCUGCACAAUACACGGAACGUGAUAUUAUGUUAGUGAGUAAAGGGGAAGAUAAGGACCAAACCGCGUUACGCUUAGCGAUUAUUGGUAGUACAAAUACAAUUUUAACUGAAACUGUAAAUAAUAAAGUUGAGAAUGACGAUGAUGAUGAGGAAGAACCGGAGGAGACGUCUUCGAGUUCGAAUGAAAAAGUGAAUAAGAAUCCAACAAUUGAGGCGUUGAAGCAACGUGUUCGGGAGUUAGAAAAAAGUGAAAGUAACAAAAGUCAAUAUAAAUGUUUGAUAUGUAUGGGAAGGUAUAAAACACCGGUUAUUUCGAUUUGUUGCUGGCACGUACAUUGUGAAUUGUGUUGGCUAAAAACAUUAGGUAUUAAGAAAUUAUGUCCACAAUGUAAUAUGAUUACAUCACCAACGGAUUUACGAAAAGUUUUUAUUUAAAACACUGUUUCUGGGGGGGGGGGGGGUAAUGGUCCGUACUGCGAAUUUUGUUGAUCGGUGUAAUCUUACCAUGAGUUUUUUUUCCAAUUUUUCGAUAUAUUUCUCUCGAGAUUACUCUCUUAAAAUUGGGAAAAAAGUUCAUACGAAAUUUUUUGUUUAUCAGACUCAAAUUGACUCAAAUAUCAUAUUUUGUUAAGUUCUAUAAGAAUCCAUCGAUUAUAGCUCGCAGUACGAAGCGUAAACUAUCAAAAAACUUUGUUUGAAUACUAAAUUGGUUAAGUCCAAUAUUAUUCUAAAAAGCAGGGUGUCCAAUGAUCAGAAAUUCCAGAAUACUAAAUUUGAGUCGUAUUGUAACAGAAACUUUAUUAUUUCUGCCCAUUCCAUUCUAUAAUUAAAGUCUAUGUCGUCCUAUCGAGUAUUGCAUACAUGGCCACGCUAUAUAGUCAGGGCCAGAUUUAACCUUAGCACCGUCUCUGGGAAAAGUUGGAAAAUGCCGCCUCAAUACCGAAAUUUUCCAGUUUUUAUAUCCCAAAAAACUAUUUAGCUUUAUACAAAACUUCUUUCUCCUUUUUAAUUUCGUCGCUUUCGAUAUUCAAACCCGCUCAAACUUUUGCGUCUGUCACCCAUGUUUUUAAAAUAUUUGCACAUUCAUGCUCAACAAAAGUAGAAUUAUUUACAGGUUAGAGUCGUGUAAACGUCAAAUGUGAAAAAAAAAACUAAAUUGAAGUAACGUAUUUCUCAUUUGCAAAUUUGACUGUAGGUGGCAGCAUGAUGCAAGGAUGCAAAUUAUUUGACUUGAAAAUUUUACAUUUUCUAAUUAAAAACAAAUUAAAUGAUUGUAAUUGCUUAUAUUAAUCAUUUUUGAAAAUAAAUUCAUUAAGGUAGCUUGAGCACCAAGGCAAAUUUAGAUUUAGGGUUGAAAUUAUUUGAAAAUUUUUCGAUAUCUGCCUUGGUUUUCGAAAUAUCGAAAGCUUAACGAAAGAAAGCGAAUUUUGUUUCUAGACACUAGCCACGCGUGCCCCUAGUGUAAAUUCAGCACUGCGUAUAGAACACUAAUUACAAAAAAAUUGCUUACAUCUAAAAUCAGUCAACCGAUAAAACGAGAAAGGACUUUAAUUGUAGAAUAGACUUUAAAAGCAUCAGUAGGCGCCCUGCUUUUCAUGUAAAAAACGAUAUGACUACUGAAUUAGUACUUCUUUAUUGAGACAAUUUAAUUAUUAUGUAAUCAUUCAUUUUCUAUUAUCACAACUUUAAAUUACAAUUACAUGCAAUUCAAUGCAAUUACUAAUUAUAAAACGGAUGCGCCAUCUUUUAUAUCGGUGUAUAAACAUUGAAUAACUUAAAACAACCAAUUUCCGUAUAUGAAGUAUUGUUAUUCAAUUUGGGUCUUUGUAAUUUAUUUUGAAUAGUUUUUGAAUACAACAUCAAUCAAGUGGCUGCCUCUAUUGAGUCCAUUUUGAUUCACCGCCCCAGAAAUUUGCGUAAAAAAUUAGGUUCAGUGUCAACCAUUCGAGCGAUUGUUUGGCCACAUUCCAAGUGGCGUGGAAUAUGACCAAAGUGUGGUCUUUCGACAAUAUCCUUUGUGUUAAUUGCAUUUUAUACCAAAACAAAUGCUAAUUCAAAAUGCACCGCAAAGUGAUUCCAAUGAUACUGAACGCAGUGACGAUACGACACUUUUGGUUUCUGGACAACGGUCUUACUGUCCGCUUCAAGCAAUUCAUUGGAACGCCUUGAUCGUUGAUGAACGGCAUGUUGACAAUCUCCCACUAUCCCGUGCUCAACAAAAUUUGACACCAAUCGACGAAUAGUGUUGUCAGACGGUUCCUGUUAGCCACAAAAAUUUGUACUGAAUUGAUGUUUCAAAAACAUAUUUAAUUAAUUUAAUCGCUUGACAAAUGUCAAAGUUAUUCAAUGUUUACCAUAGAGAUAAUACCAUAGAGCUUCAAAGUCGCCGCCAAACAGUUUAUCGCACUAAAGAGAUACAAAUGAAGCAGAUAGCUUAUGGAUGUAUGUUCAUCUCUCUUAUACACUUACAAUUUCUGUCUCUUUCUACUUCUCUCACUGUAGUCAAGAACUCUAUGGUGUCAUCUCUACGAUGUUUACAUACUGAUAUAAAAGAUGGCGCACCCUGCAAAUUGUGUUCCAUUUCCGAUAUUAUUUUUGAAUGAGUUGCCAUUUUGGUGUUUUAUAUCUAUAAAAGUCUAUGAUUUUGUACUAGAAUAUCCUGUUUUGUCAUGUGGCAAAUAAUAACAUUCCACUUAACGGAAAUAGACAUUAAGUUAGACGUUAAUUGAUCUAGAUCUUGCGAUAAAACAUCUGAUAACUUUUUAUUUUGGAGACAUUUGAAGGCAACAUGACAUUCUAGUUCAAAACAGAAAUAUGGCUGCGUAUUUAAAAAUAACAUCGUAAUUAGGUUAGGUUAAGUUAAAGUGGCUGUCCUGAGGUGAGACACACUUAGACCAUAGGGUCUGUUGUGAUACCGAAAAAGGAAUCUUAAUUAGAACACCCCAUAUAAUGUUACAGAUUGUUGCAGGAGAAAUGAUACAUUAAAGUAACGAGACAUAAAUUAUAUCGAAUUUCUUAAGGUUUUACGAUGUAUUUAGAGUAAAAUAGAUAAUAACCCUGGAGCCCGUGACAGUAAAAUUGAACCUACACGGAUUUCGAAAUUUCGCAUAUGAAUCAAUACUAUUUAAAGAUA